UACUUCCGAUUUAGACCAACAUGGCGGAACACUCAGAAAAUAUYAAAUAUUUUGUGAGAGAAAUUGAAAAAAAUGACGGCUGUACGUUAAAAAUAAAGCAGUGUUACAUGGGAGACGUCGGUUGUGUGGUUUGGGAUGCAGCUAUUGUUCUCGCUAAAUAUUUAGAGACGAAACAUUUUUACGAGCCGUCUUCAGGAGUCAACGUGUGGUCUGGCACGACUGUAGUGGAGUUGGGAGCUGGGACAGGAGUCGUGGGUCUGAUGGCAGCAACACUCGGAGCACAAGUAACAGUAACAGAUCUGGAAGAUCUGCAGGUCCUCCUAAAGGUGAACAUCCAAGAAAACCAGGCACUCAUCAGUAGUGGGUCCUUAACUGCCAAGGUACUGAAAUGGGGUGAUGAUGUGUCUGAGUUCUUGCCUCCCCCACAUUARAUACUUAUGGCAGAUUGCAUCUAUUAUGAGCAGUCAAUCGUUCCUCUGGUGGAGAGUUUGAAGCUGCUUUCUGGACCAGAGACCUGCAUUAUUUGCUGCUAUGAACAGCGCACUGAAGGCAUCAAUCCAAAGGUGGAAAAUCAGUUUUUUGAGCUGCUGCAACAACAUUUUAAUUGUGAGAAGAUCCCUUCUGACAAACAAGACCCAGAGUUCAGCAGUCCGGACAUCCACAUUCUGCACAUUCGAAAAAAGGUUUAAAUCUGUUGGUUGAAAUGGUUUCUUUAAUAAUUUAUCACACAAACCAGUUGAACAUAAAGUUAUGUUGUAGAAAGUUGAAAGUCUACACAGCCUUUAUAACAUGUUCAGUUGAAUUUUAUAUUUGUAAAGAUAUUUUCUGAAUGAAAUAAUAAUAAAAAAAUUCUAAAACAA